AUGCCUGCGAUCCAUGCCCGCCCUAUUCCAGGGCUUCCUGAAUCAUGCUAUUAUGUGAACGGCUUCAUUACUCCGGCAGAAGAACACCAGAUUCUAGACCAGAUAAGACGGCUUCCAGAAUCCCGGUGGACAGUCCUGAGCCACCGCCGCCUCCUUUCUCUCCCAUCUUCACUGGUUGGCCCAGCGCAUGAUACCCUCAUCGCGGCUGCCAUGCCAUCAUUCCUUGAUUCGGUCGUCCGUCGUUUGCGAGAAGAGGGCUACUUCGAAGAUUCAACGCACAAGGGACCUAAUCAUGUCUUGAUCAAUGAGUACAAACCGGGAGAAGGGAUUAUGCCACAUGUUGACGGACCCGCAUACAACCCAAUUACUGCCACGGUGAGCCUUGGAAGUCACACUGUGCUGGAAAUAUACAAGAAGAAUGAAUACGGCGAGCGAGAGGCAGUCCCCGCAUGGCGUGUUCUGCAGGAACCACGCAGCCUUCUGGUAACGACUGGAGACAUGUACGUCAACACAUUACAUGGCAUUUCCGAACUCACUAUCGAUAAAGAUCUGAAUGGCGAACGCAUUAUCAACUGGGAAUACCUUGGGGAUCAAACGCCGUUCCAGUCUGGCAAAGCCCAGAGAGAUACAAGGAUGAGCCUCACUCUACGUGAUGUGACUAAAGUCGCGAAGCUGGGCGGUGCUUUGAAAUUUAUGAAACGAACCUGA